AUGUUCUCCAAGAUUGCAGUUCUUGCUUGCGUCCUUGCCGUCGCCAACGCCGGUGCGAUCGGCGUCCCAGCUGUGGCCACGUACGCCGCUGCACCAGCAGUAGCAACUUAUGCAGCACCAGCGGUGGCAACCUACGCGGCUCCGGCUUACGCGAGCUACGCCGAGCCAACUUUGAGCGCGACAUCGGAGAACACGUACCGCAGCGCUGGCAACCUGCACACCGUAUCUACCCAGUCAAGAACCAUCGCCACACCCUACUCCAGCAGCAACAAACAGUUCACCAAGUACACGAGCCCAUCCGUCUACACUCAGGCUACCACGUACGCUGCUGCCGCCCCAGUCGCCUAUUCCGCCCCAGUCGCCUAUUCCGCCCCGGUCGCCUAUUCUAGUCCAGUUAUCAAGGCGGCGUACGCUGCCCCAGUGGCUCAUGCUCCCGUCGCCUACUCGGCACCAGUCGCUCACGCUGCACCUGCUGUCGCUCAUGGAACUAGCCUCCUCGGAGUUGCUUACUCGCCAGCCGCCGCCGUCUCGCAUAUGACCUACAACAGCCCAAUCAUCGGUUAUGGAUGGUAA